CUCAAAGCCAGCAGGAUGCUAUUUGAUCCAGACUGCUCGCUACGUGAUCCCCUGGAAAACAACACAACUCUAUCGCUGUUCAUUGGCUUUAAAGGCUCUUCUUCGUUCGCAUGCAGGGAUCAUGAAAGGAUGCCAAUGCCACGCUGAACCCACAUGGUUUGACCGUUCCUUUCCUUUCCCCUCCUGUGAGCUUAUCGGUGCAUCUCCCUGACCUCCCCUCCUACCACCUGACAGAACCCGCUCACCCUCCCCUCUGUCCCAAUUAAUGCUGUCACCCCCUCAACAAUGUCACCAUGCAUUAACUGGCUGCAGCCUCUCCUCGCUUUGAUCUCCUCCACUUUGCUCGCACGAGGCCACAACUGUCCGUCCCACUGCUCGUGUCCAGACCACCACACCGUGGACUGCACUGGCAAAGGUCUCACAAGAGUCCCCGACUCCAUUCCUCUGAAUGUUCGUCGUCUGCUGCUCUCCAACAACUGGAUUCCUUGGAUCCCAUCAGACUUCCUGGUCCUCUACAGUGAUCUCGUCUAUCUGGAUCUGAGAAAUAACUCCCUCACCAAAAUGGACCCAGGAACCCUGAGUACAUCCUCCAGAUUAGUCUUCCUGGACCUAGGGAACAAUAACCUGACAGAUAUUCCUUCAGGAACAUUUGGGGAAUCCAGAAGUUUGAUCAAAUUGCGAAUGGGGAACAACCCCUAUCUAACUGUGGUGGGUAAGGAUGCUUUUAUGGGCUUGACUUCCUUGAGGGAGCUGGAUCUGGAGAGAAAUGGCUUCACAGAGCUGGAUGUCAGAGUCCUCGAACCCCUGUCUUCCCUUCAGAUGCUUCGACUCGAGGGGAACCCCUGGCUCUGCAACUGCCACUUUGCCAAGCUUUUUGUGUGGCUGACAGAAAACAGCCACAAGCUGCCUUCAGGUAUGGAGGGGAUCGAGUGCGCUCUGCCUCUGCUUGGACGUCGCAUUCCCCUCAGCUUGCUCUCUGAGGACAGUUUCAGGCAGUGCCAUGGUAACCUCACCCUCAUGGACUACCUCAUUGUCAUUUUCUCUGGCAUAUGCGUGUCAGUGGCAGCCAUCGUAGCCAGUUUCUUCCUCGCUUCCACAGUCCACUGUUUCCAGCGACUCAGCAAAGGCAGCAAUGGAGACGAGGAGGACGGGAACCAAUGACGGGGAAAAACGUACACGUUUUUGCACUGAGCUUUCUGUUCCAAUUUCAGGUAAAGUGUGAGAGGAGGGAGGGAUUAGUAGUGGGGACAGAGCUGUUUCUAGGCUCUCAAAGGGACAUUGGGGGCCCUCUUCGAACUGAGUUAGCUAGUUGGAAACAUGCUGAACCAAGAAAGCUUGUAAAUUGUCAAAUCUGUGAUCACAAACAAGGAAUUAUGACUGUUUUGGGAAAUGUGAGCCGUCGUUUGUCCAUCUUUGAAUGUAUGAAUUUCAAUUUUGGUUCUCUGUACCAAUCGACAAAUCAAUCUUAGCAAUGUUGCUAACCUUGUUCCAUGUCCAUACAUCCUCAAGUCAGUUUUUUUACGUCAGUGAGUGCACUUCAGCGACCAGAUUUGAAUCCAGUGGAACAGGAUGUAGAACAGGAACGUGGCAGCGUCAAUUUGAAGCCGAGGAAUUCCUAACAAAGCCCUUUUGUAUUUUUUCCACAGCACAUUUGUAUGGUAUUCAUUGUCAGUUUGGCAUUGUUUGAACUUGUGGUGGUUUUCUGAAUGUACAUUGGAUUUUAAUCUGAUGAACAUGCGGCAUUUUAUUAAUUCUAUACAUUUCCUUUCAAAAUACCUUGUGUAAAUUUGCCGAAUGAAGACAUUACAGAGGACUGAUUACCAGUUUGUGUCAUAAUGAACUUAAACUGCCUUACCUGAACAUGAACCUCAUGUAAACAUCCUGAAGAGCUAAGGUCCUCUCCGUAAAGCCCCAGAUCCUCCCUACCUGAUGAUGUUGUUACCUGAGUGCCAACUGGAUUUUGUAAUCUCUAAAAUGAAAGGGCUUCAUGUGUGGUGAUAUUUCAUUAGGUGAAGUAAAAGGCAUAGCUGACAGUGGAUUGCAAUACACAUGUAAUAAAGAGAUUUUGCUGAAA